AUGACUGCGCCCACGACAUCCGCACGGGUCUUUCUCAUCCGUCAUGGCGAGACGGAUUGGAUCUCGGGCGGAAAAUUUGCCAGUCGAACCGACAUCCCACUCUCUAGAGUGGGUGAAAAGGAUAUCGAGUUCAUUCGCGACCGCAUGAUCGGUGAAAAUGAGGUGAUCGACCCGACUGCCAUUGCCAAGAUAUACUGUUCCCCGAGAAUCAACGCGCGCCGCACUGCCGAGAUACUCGGACUCGGCGUCCAUCACCACCAGCAUUUUUUGAACCGCGAGACGGGCGAAAAAUGGAGAUCCGAGUCUAUCAUCCACGGAGAGACCGCCGAUCCCUACGUCAAUAUCACGAAGUGGUUGGAAGAAUGGGAUUACGGAGACUAUGAGGGGAUGACCCUACAUUCGAUUACUGAGAAGCGGAUCAAAGACUAUGGGAAUGGACGAUGGGAUAUCUGGACGGAUGGAUGUCCGGGGGGAGAGUGA